AUGCAUGUGCCGCGCAUUGAUUUGAUAUCAAGAAACAAUCGACUAAAUUCCAAAUCUCAAUGCACUUGCAAAAUAUGGAAACUUGCUGUAUUUGCACUAUUAUUAUUCGCCUUGUACUCCGAGCUAAGUACUUGGGAUGGCAUCGUGGAUCCAGAGGAAAACUUUAAAUUGCGAACAGCUGCAGAUAUCAAAGCGUAUACGAAACUCUUCUUGGAAUAUGGCUAUAAUGCUUGGUUGGCUGAGCGGUUGCCACUGCGACUGUCUAUCGCUGUGAUUUUUCGCAACGAACAGCUGGAAACAUUGCUGCGAAUGUUUCACAGUUUGCGAGACAGAACAAACAUGACUUUGAUCUCUGAACUAAUUGUGAUUAACGAUUACAGCGAUAAUGGAUUUUGGCUAGAGAAAUCCUCCAGAGAUGCAUUCGAUGCGUAUUUGAAGCACUACAUAACCCAAAAUUUGCAAAUCUUUCACAUGGAAGAUCAGAUGGGAUUGGUGCGUGCUCGCAGAUUUGCUGUACGCAAUUCUAAUUUCGACAUUAUUAUAUUUGUGGAUGCGAAUGUCGAGUUUACCGACGGCUGGUUGGAGCCAAUGUUGACCGUGCUCAAUCACCACGAACCGACACUUGUGUCUCCUCAAAUAGAUCGAAUUGAUGAACAGACACUCGAGUAUGUGCGAGUUGAGGAGCAACGUGGCGUCUUUGACUGGACGCUGAGGCGACGCGAAGUGCCUCUGUUGCGGCAGCAACUGAAGGACAUGCCAAAUCCCUUCGAGACUCCUGUGCCAAACACUGUAGUCUUUGGUAUGGAUGCGGACUUGUUCAAUAGUCUAAUACAUUUCGAUGAGGAUCUCAAUUCACCAGCUGCUUUCGAAUUGCAGCUAAGCUUUUAUAUGUGGCAUCAAGAACUGCGCAUCGUCCAAGUGCCCUGCUCCCGAGUGGCACAUUUGCAGCCCAGCGAUCGGAGUUACUUGCAACGCAAUGGCAAUAUGCAGCAAUUGGCGGCGCAGCAAUUCAGUAGUUACAAGCGCCUGGUGGAAAUCUGGCUAUAUAACACCAAGUACAAGUCUUUUAUCUAUGAGAAUCACCCGCAAAUCAAAAAUGCUAUCCUUGGCAACAUCUCCGAUGUAGAGGAGGAGUACGAAUACCUCCCGGUGCUCAACUCUUUCGAUUGGUAUUUGGAGAAUGUUGCACCUGAUUUGUUGCAGCAUUUCCCUCUGAAAGCACCCUCAUAUUUUGCCAAUGGAACUUUGCGACCGACUCAACAGCGAACUCAAUGUCUUACUGGUGACUUGCAAACUAAUCGCAUUAGCUUAAUGCCUUGCGAUCACUCUAAGCGAGCAGCUCAGAACUGGACUCUCAGCUAUAUGAACGAUCUGCGACUUGGCGAUAAUCACUGUCUUGAGGUACAGUCCAAUCGCAAGCUGGCUUUGAGUCAAUGCACCACUCUGGCAGGUCCACAGAACUGGCACUUUGACUUGAACUACAAUAAUCUAAUUAGUAAUACGCUGUGCUUGGAGGCUCAUGCCAAGUUUUUCCUUAUGGUGCGAACUUGCAGCACUCGAAACGCACAACAAAAGUGGUAUUUUGAGCACAUGCAUAAAGACGCCAUUAAAGCAAAUAAUUUUUAUUAAAAAUGGAAGUUAAUUUUAAA